AUGUCUGCUGACAGCAACGUUUUCGUCGACCUCACGUCCUCGCCCGGCUCGUCACCUCGUUCUGCUGUGCGCGGCGCUCCUGCCACCGUGUCGACCAUCGAGUUGGCCGAUCCUUCGCUGGACCUUGCCGGCGUGCGGGCCUCGCUGAGUGCGCUGCAGCAGUCGAUUGACCAGGUGGAGGUACUGCGCGAACUUCGCUCGGAUCACGACAACUUGCGCCGCGAGUUUCUGGCCACACAGCGUCAUGCGGAGGAUCUGGAUCGACAGCUCGCUGACGCGGCCAAUGCUGCGUCGCCGUAUGUACUCUUCUGCCAACGCAAGUACGACUUGAUUCGCCACUAG